CCCCUCCCCGGUCCCGCCCCGCUCCCUAGAGGCCCCGCCGGCCGAGCGCCGCCCGCAGUCGCAGCCAUGGUGCAGGCCUGGUACAUGGACGACAGCGCCGACGACCCGCGGCGGCCCCACCGCCUCGAGCCGAGCAGCCCGGUGGGCCUGGAGCAGCUGCGCCAGCUCGGGAUGCUCUACUGGAAGCUGGAUGCCGACAAGUACGAGGACGACCCGCAGCUGGAGGAGAUCCGGAGAGAGAGGAACUACUCCUGGAUGGACAUCAUCACCAUUUGCAAAGACAAGCUGCCCGACUUCGAGCAGAAGCUGAAGAUGUUCUACGAGGAGCACCUGCACCUGCACGAGGAGAUCCGCUACGUGCUGGAGGGCAGCGGCUACUUUGACGUCCGCGACAAGCAUGACAAGUGGAUCCGCAUCUCCAUGGAGAAGGGGGACAUGAUCAUGCUGCCUGCCGGCAUCUACCACCGCUUCACGCUCGAUGAGAAGAACUACGUGAAGGCCAUGCGACUGUUCGUGGGCCAGCCCGUGUGGACCGCGUACAACCGGCCGGCGGACCACUUUGAUGCGCGGACACAGUAUGUGAAGUUUCUGGCCCAGUCAGCCUAGCCUUGGCCGUCUGGGAGC